GUAGCGUCUGAACGCGUAUUUGUCGUUAGCGCUACAAUUUUUCUGCAUCUGGUAGAGGAUUUGCCUCUUAAAUCCACUGCCAAUAUGAAACUCGUACGAUUUCUGAUGAAGCUGAGCCAUGAAACAGUCACCAUUGAGCUGAAGAAUGGGACCCAGGUUCAUGGCACGAUCACAGGUGUUGAUGUUAGUAUGAACACUCAUCUCAAAGCUGUUAAAAUGACACUGAAAAACAGGGAGCCCACCCAGCUGGAGUCCCUCAGCAUCCGUGGCAACAAUAUCCGCUACUUCAUCCUACCAGACAGUCUACCCCUUGAUACACUGCUGGUGGACAUUGAGCCAAAAGUGAAGUCAAAGAAGAGAGAGGCUGUGGCUGGACGCGGACGAGGAAGAGGCAGAGGUCGUGGCAGAGGCCGUGGUCGUGGAAGGGGUGGUCCAAGAAGAUGAACGCCCUGAACUGCUGUACUUUUUUCUGCUUGUACAGAAUGUUUUUGGUUUUUUUUCUCUCUCUCUCUUUGCUUUUGGACAUUGAUUGUUACCCCAUAUAAUUGUUUCCUCUUUCAUUUUGUACAUUAAACUAUGUUCUAUAAAAA